AUGGAACUGCAUUCAAGUCAUGAAAUUAAUGAAUCACUGGUGAUCAUUGCUGCAGCUGAUUAUCAAAAUUCGCCAUUAAUUCCGCCAUAUCUGCAACCUGGUAGCUACAGUUUUCUGAUGGAACUAAUUUUGCAUCAGGAGGAGCUGGCGCUCCAGCAGAAACUCAUCAAGGACAGGCUGUAUUUUAGUGUUGACCUUCGAGAUGGAGAGAUUCUAGAGAUUUCGCAUCUUUUCACAACUAUCAUACGAAUGACAACCAAAUACAAGACAAAUUACCUAGUGAAAGAGGAUUUAGAUAAGGUGCACGAGAGCAAAACGAAGUGGCAAAUUUUAAGGCUCACAAAUCGGGGAAGAGAGGAUAAGAGAGCGAGUAUGUGUCAUGACCCACUAAAGACAAAGACACGUGGCGACCCUGUCGGCCAGAGAGCGAAGCAAUACAUUUCACGUGGUCUUGUUGAGAUGAAACGUCCACAUAUUGACACGUCAACCUGCCAGUUUUCUCCAGCUACUCCUCACAUCUGGCCACGUUGA